UACUCCAAGUCCCAGCACCAGCCCAGCGCCCAGCAGCGGGAUUAGAAUCUGGGGAUACACGGGCCCUGCGGGAACGUUGGAAGCGGAGUAGCGGUGGAUGCCGAGAGCAGGAUCCCUGAAAUUCUACUCUGGCGGCGGCUACCAUUCUUGGGACCCUCACCAUGAAAGGCCUUCUGCUGCUCACCUUGUCUUCUCUGCUCUGCUGCAUCUCAGCUGACAUUCGCUGUCACUCCUGCUACAAGGUCCCUUUGCUGGGCUGUGUGGACCGGCAGUCCUGCCGCCUGGAACCAGGACAGCAAUGCCUGACAACAAAUGUGUACCUCGGGAAGAUGUGGGUUUUCUCCAACCUCCGCUGUGGCACACCAGAAGAGCCCUGUCGGGAGGCCUUCAACCAAACCAACCACAAGCUAGGCCUGACCUAUAACACCACCUGCUGCAACAAGGACAACUGCAAUAACCCAGCCCCUCGGCCCACCCCGGCCCUGGCCCUUGUCCUCCUCACCUCCUUGGCUGGCCUUGGCCUCUGGCUGUUGCACUGAGACUCACUCCAUGGCUGCCCCUCCUCCCACCUGCCUUAGCCUGAGCCCCUCUUCUUGUGUCUUCAUAUCCUCUGUUUCCUUUUGCUCAGAAAAGCAUUUCUCCAGACCCUUCACAUUUCUUUAAUUAGACAGUGGUCCCCCUAUCCAUCCUUCCAUCCCACACCCUCCACUCUGCUUCUCUGGAGUCUCUUUCCAUUUCCCUCGACACCACUCCAGAUCCUCCAUCGUCUCCUAGAAGGGCUCCCCACUUUGCCUCCUGAACUCCCCUGUGCCCUAUGUGAGGAGGGAUUGGAAUCUGGGCCUGAAAUGGGGUUUCUGUCCUGUCCCCAGUGAAGGCUCCCAGGAAGGACCUGAUGACCUCACUGUAUGAGCUGAUUCUCCAAACCCUGGCUCCCAUACGUACCUCAUCCCCAUGCUCAGCCCUUUCCAUUUUGAGUAAUAAAUGUCUGUAUAUCAUCAAC